AUGAAGAACGGUCUGAUAAUCAUAAACUGCAUUAUCCUCACUAUAGGAACAUGUGGAGGUCCUUUGUUAUCUCGUCUCUACUACAACAAUGGUGGAAAACGAAUCUGGUUCAUGAGCUUUCUCUCAGCCGCCGGUUUUCCAGUCAUCCUCAUCCCUCUUUUUUUCUCCUUCAUCCGCCGCCACAACCGUAACCGCAACCGCAACAACUCUGAAAACGCAGAAAAAACAAAACUUUUCCUCAUGGAAACUCCUCUGUUCAUCGCAUCCAUCGUCAUAGGGUUGCUCACAGGACUUGACAACUACUUAUACACAUACGGGUUAGCUUAUCUUCCAGUUUCAACUCAAUCUCUCAUAGCUGGAACUCAGUUAGCUUUCAAUGCUCUCUUCGCUUUCUUCAUGGUCAAGCAAAAGUUCACUCCCUUCUCUAUAAACGCCGUCGUUUUACUAACGGUGGGCACUGCAGUCUUGGCCUUGCACAGCAAUGGAGACAAACCGGCUAACGAGACUCACAAGGAGUAUGUUGUUGGGUUCUUAAUAACUGUGAUUGCAGCUGUCUUGUACGGUUUGAUAUUGCCGCUCGUUGAGCUCACUUACAAGAAAGCUCGACAAGAAAUCACUUUCCCACUUGUGCUCGAGAUUCAGAUGGUCAUGUGCCUCGCUGCUACUUGCUUCUGCGUUGUUGGUAUGAUCAUAAAUGGCGAUUUCAAGUUGAUAUCAAUAGAAGCAAGAGAGUUCAAGAUUGGAGGAUCUGCGUUUUACUACACGUUGAUUGUGAUCACAGGAAUUGUAUGGCAAGGUUAUUUCUUAGGAGCCAUUGGGGUUGUGUUCUGUGCAUCAUCUCUAGCUUCUGGUGUUUUAAUCAGUGUUCUUCUUCCGGUGACGGAAGUCCUGGCCGUCGUUUUUUUCCGAGAGAAAUUUCAAGCGGAGAAAGGUGUCUCUCUCUUUCUCUCCAUAUGGGGAUUUGCCUCUUACUUCUACGGCGAGUACAAAUCCGGCAAGAAAGUUCUCGAAAAACACCAGCCGCCGGAGACAGAACUACCUUCUCUUCAAGUUAGAGAUUCUGUUGCUUAGAGGUCCCUUUGCUUAUCGAAAUGAAAAGGUUAAACAUGGUUAUGAACUUUGAACAGGAAAAAAUAAAGUUAGAGCAUCUUUUUCUAUCUAUUAUGUGUAUUUGUGGAUUUUUCAGUGACUUUAAUAAUGGUCUUUUGUACAACCAAAACACGCGUGUAAAAAACUG